AUGAAGGAGGGGCAUCAGGAUCUGCUGCAAGAGCCUGCGAAGAGAAAGAAAUCCAAAGGCAUCAGAAAGCAACAAAUAUCCCACCUAAGUCAGGGGCUCCAUUCAUGGCCCCCAGGCUUCAACCCUUGCACCACGGGUUUCCCUGCUCAGAGAACUUCGAGAGCUCAGCCACGGCUUCCCAAGGCUCCCAACGUGCCCAGAUCUGAAGAAGAGUGUGGAAUAGGAGGAUUCAGUCCCAGGUCUCUGCCUCUCUCCUUCUCAGCCCUCACCCAGACACCUGACAUCCAAGUCCCAGCAACUCUGGAAUCUGGCCAUCCUGCAAACCUGACCUGCUACGUGUCAGCAGCCUGUAAAAGCAGGAAGCUGCUCAUCUUUUCCAGGACAUGGGGAACCGUCAUCUGCUUGGGCCCUGGGACACCUCACUUCUCAGAGAUCACCAUCAUCCCACAUCCCUGGAGCCACGGCUCCAAUAUCACCUGCAAAGUGACUUUCCCAAGGUUUCAUGUAACCACAGAGAUGACUAUCCAACUCAAUAUCUCCUAUGCUCCACAGAACCUGACCAUCAGUGUCUUCCGUGGAAAUAACAUAGCACCUGUAGCCUUGGAGAAUGGCACCUCCCUGUCAGUCCUGAAGAACCAAUCCCUGCAUCUUGUUUGUGUGACUGACAGCAACCCACCUGCCAGGCUGAGCUGGACCCGGAAAGGCCAAGCCCUGAAUCUCUCCCAGUCCUCAGAGUCAGCUGUCCUAGAGCUGCCCCCAGUGGAGUCUGGUGAUGGAGGGAAUUUGUCUGCCAAGCUCAGCACCCUUUGGGCUCCCAGCACAUCUCCAUUAGCCUCUCUGUGCAGAGUGAGUCAUUGGUGGGAAGAACGGACAGGGCACCUGGAUUCUAGGUUGGGACUGUGAGUGGGAUGAGGUCUAGGAAAAACACUUU